AAUUGAUGACGUUUUUAUGUCUUCAAUUCAUUCAUCUUUAGUUUAUUUCUUGCAAAUUUACAGUUGUGAAGAUCUGUUGUUUGUUGUGAUUCACAUAGAUCUAUUGUAAAUUUCAGAUUCCUUCCUUUUGUUUUCAUUUUGAUAUACAAAUCUUUGAACUUGAUUUUUUUUAUUAUUUUUUUCUUGUUUCGGCAUGACAUUGAUUCAAGAGAUUGUGUUUCUUCAAUUUGUUUGCUCGGAACUUGUAUUGUUUGGUUUCAAUUUAUACUUGAAUUUGGUGUUCUGAACAUUAGGAUCUAUUAUUGUAGUAUUCAAAGAAAAUGAAGGCAAAUUUGACAUGGUUCUGUGGAUUUUUUUUUUCUAAUUAUUUUAGAGAACAAAUUAUUUUAGUUCUAAGUGACAUGGUUAUGUUUUUAGAUCAACUUUUACUCAAAUUUAUAAAAAGACCUUGGAAUGCCAGACGGAGUUCUCAUUAAUGGGAAGGGACCUUAUAGAUAUAAUACAAUGCUGGUCCCAGAUGGCAUUGAUUAUGAAACAAUCAAUGUUGACCCAGGAAAGACUUAUCGAAUUUGUGUGCACAACGUUGGGGUCACAACUUGUUUGAACUUUAGAAUCCAGGACCAUAAUUUGCUCCUAGCAGAAACAGAGGGUUAUUACACAUCGCAACAAAAUUACACUAGUUUAGAUAUCUAUGUUUGGCAGUCCUACUCUUUUUUGGUUACCAUGGAUCAGAAUGCAAGUAGUGAUUACUGUAUUGUAGCCAGUGCUAGAUUUGUGAAUUUGUCUCUUUGGCAAAGUGUUACUGGCGUGGCUGUCUUGCACUAUUCAAAUUCAAAAGGAAAGGAAGCUGGUUCCCUCCCUGAUCCAUCGAAUGAUGUAUAUGAAACAUCAUUUUCGCUGAACCAGGCAAUG